ACGAGAAUGGUAUCUGUGAAUACAGUUAAAGAGUUCAUAGGCUUAAAGUUCUUGUUGAAAGGUUUCGCGACGACCGAAGCGGCCCUCGUGUGCCCUCUCUGGGUUAUUGUUGGUCACCUUAGAAGUACCUGUUGGCCCAAGCUAUUGCCGCCUUUAGCUGUGGUCCACCGCGAAAGCGCGCCUGCGAUAGGCGGAGAUAGAUCUGACUUUGAUCGACUCCGAGUCAACAUCGAGUCAUAUUUACCUCGAGGGGUACCUUGAUCCUCUGCCCUGGGCUGCAUACCGUAUCCUUUUACACUUGGUUAAUCGAACCUGUCUCACCGCGCCUCAUUGAAGGCAUUGCUGAUCUCGGAUAUGGCGACUCCUAACCCAUAUGUCUCAAUAGCGCCUCUUUUGAAAAAGCUCUCUGCGCCAGCCCCGCAGGACAACCAUGUCGACGCCGAAGACAUCGCGCUCGCCUUCUCGAGGACAUUUGAGAACAGACUGAAUGGGACACAACUCGCCUCUCUCUUAACAUUGCUACACUCGACGCGCAACGACCGACGACCGGACGUCAUUGCAAAAUGCGCCGAAGCAAUGCGCGAUGCCGCGGUACAAGUUGACAAGCAAAAGUUGAAGAAGGCUGUCGCAAAGAGACGACGGAAACUGGGAGAAUACAGAGGAGGUCUUUGCGACAUCGUUGGCACCGGCGGCGAUGCACACUCUACCUUCAACAUCUCGACGACCUCGUCCAUCAUUGCUUCUCCGAUCUUGUUGAUGGCGAAGCACGGUAACAGAGCUCAGACAUCUAUGUCGGGAUCCGCAGAUGUCCUAAAUGCCGUUACUCCUCGACCGCCAAAACUCGAAGCUCUAACGGCCGAGCACCUACCCGCCGCUUAUGAACACACCAACUACACGUUCUUGUUUGCGCCGAACUAUCACCCUGGCAUGAAACACGCAGCGACCGUGCGCCGGGAGCUGGGCCUUCGUACCAUCUUCAACUUACUGGGACCUUUGGCCCAUCCUGUCGACGCGUCUAUCGAAGCUCGAGUCUGCGGAGUCGCAUAUCAAGAACUUGGGCCAACCUUUGCCGAGGCUCUGAUUCUUUCGGGGGCGACAAAGGCCAUGGUGGUGUGCGGACAGGAAGAUCUGGAUGAGAUCAGUUGUGCGGGAAAGACAAACUGCUGGCUGUUAAGAGAGUCAAAGAACCCUCAAUAUGAGGGCAACUGGGACGAUGAAGACGAGGAUGCUACAAGCGACGACGAGGCGCCUCCGAAAUACAUCACCAAAGUGGAAAAGUUCGAGAUCGAGCCGGCCGACUUUGGUCUUCCAAGCCAUCCACUAUCAGAGGUUGGAGGCGGCAAACUGCCUAGACAGAACGCCGAAGUCUUGAUGAGCAUUCUGCGCAACGAGAGAAGUCCCGACGACCCGAUUUUGCAUUUUGUCCUCAUGAACGUCGCGGCACUUUUCGUGGUGAGUGGCGCCUGUGAGGCAGAUACCUGCGAAAGUGGCCCAGUCAUCAAGGAACGAGGUCCUGGAGGGGGUCGCUGGAAAGAGGGCGUGAAAAAGGCACGAUGGUGCAUAGAAAGCGGGAAAGCUUUGGAGGAAUUUCAAAAGUUCAUAGACUUUACCAACAGCCUGUAGAACAGGACUUGGUAUCAAAAAAAUAGACCCUUGCCGCCAUUCAUCUUGUGGCAUACUGCCAAAACCGUGUCCUUUUUCUUUUUCG